UGAAAUUAAAUUUUAACAUUUUCUUAUGUGGUUCAGUGGCGACUUGUAACGUCAGAUCAGUAAAACGUCGUAGUGAUCAUAAUCGUAUACCUUGCGUUUCUGACUUUAGUGUCUCAUUGUUAAAUAUCGUGUUUAGCUUACGUUAGUUAAUUUAGUCCCUUAUCAUUUUUACAACAUGACAACUCUCAGGCCUUUCAAAUGCGAUGAUUUAUUCAAAUUUAACACCGUGAAUUUAGAUCCGCUUACGGAGACAUAUGGACUUUCCUUUUAUAUACACUACUUGGCACAUUGGCCAGAAUAUUUUCAAGUGACAGAAUCGCCAAGUGGAGAAAUUAUGGGUUACAUUAUGGGCAAAGCAGAAGGUCAAGGGGAAAAUUGGCAUGGUCACAUAACAGCUCUUACAGUUUCACCUAAUUACAGGAGAUUAGGUUUGGCUGCUAUGCUGAUAAAAUCUUUAGAAAAAGUUUCAGAAAAGAAGCAAGCAUAUUUUGUGGAUCUCUUUGUAAGAGUUAGCAAUAAAGUGGCAAUCAAAAUGUAUCAACAAUUGGGAUAUAUUGUGUACAGAACUGUUCUAGAAUAUUAUAAUGGAAAUCCAGAUGAAGAUGCUUUUGAUAUGAGAAAGGCACUUUCAAGGGAUGUGAAGAAAAAAUCAAUGAUACCAUUAACUCAUCCUGUAAGGCCAGAAGAAAUAGAAUGAAUGUAUAUUUAAAUAGCUUGUGAUGGACUCAAAUGUAAAAUAAGUGACACGCUUUACGAUACGC